GAGGGGGGGGCCGCCGGGCGGCACAACAAACAUGGCGGCGGCGGCGGAAGGGGGCGGCCGCGGCGCGGGGCGGCGGCGGAGACACCAACAAAUGGAACACAAAUUGACCUAAGCUUACAUCAGGCUGGUGACAUCCAAAAAAAAAAAAGGCACAAGAGGUUGUAAACUUAAAGAGGGAAUAUGGGUGAAAAGAAGCCAGAACCUUUGGACUUUGUAAAAGAUUUUCAGGAAUACCUUACACAGCAGACUCACCAUGUGAAUAUGAUUUCUGGAUCUGUUAGUGGAGACAAGGAAGCAGAGACUCUUCAGGGAGCUGGGACUGAAGGUGAUCAGAAUGGGCUGGAUCAUCCUUCUGUUGAAGUUUCACUGGAUGAAAACUCAGGAAUGUUAGUGGAUGGAUUUGAAAGGACAUUUGAUGGAAAAUUGAAGUGUCGCUACUGCAACUAUGCCAGCAAAGGCACAGCAAGGCUGAUAGAGCAUAUCAGAAUUCAUACAGGUGAGAAGCCACACAGAUGCCAUUUGUGUCCCUUUGCGUCCGCUUACGAACGUCAUCUGGAAGCUCACAUGCGAUCCCAUACUGGUGAGAAACCAUACAAAUGUGAGUUGUGUUCCUUCCGCUGCAGUGACAGAAGCAACUUAUCUCACCACCGGAGGCGUAAACAUAAAAUGGUGCCUAUCAAGGGUACGAGGUCUUCCCUGAGUAGCAAGAAAAUGUGGGGGGUUCUGCAGAAGAAGACCAGCAACUUGGGGUACAGCAGAAGAGCGUUAAUUAAUUUGAGCCCGCCUUCUAUGGUGGUUCACAAACCAGACUACCUGAAUGAUUUCACUCAUGAAAUCCCAAAUAUCCAGACUGAAGCUUAUGAGAACAUGACUAAGUCAUCCCAGACCGGUGGGUUGCCAAGAGAUCCACAAGACCUCAUGGUCGAUAAUCCUUUAAACCAGCUCUCUACGUUAGCUGGACAGUUGUCCAGCUUGCCACCCGAAAACCAAAAUGAGAGAGGAUGCUCUCCUGAUGUUGUCACCUGCCAAGACGAAAAGCCUUUCAUGAUGCAGCAGCCUGCUACGCCCGCUGUAGUUUCCUCUGUGUCAGCAAGCAUUGCUCAGAGUUCAUCUCCAACCAGCCCGGAUCCUCGGCCUGCACACAACCAAAGGAACUACAGCCCGGUGGCGGGGCCGAGCAGCGACCGCAGCGCCCACACCAGUACUCCCAGCAUAAGUAACAGCCAGCCAAGCACUCCAGCUCCCACCCUUCCUGUUCAGGACCCCCAGCUUCUGCAUCACUGCCAGCACUGUGACAUGUAUUUUGCGGACAAUAUCCUUUACACCAUUCACAUGGGAUGUCAUGGGUUUGAGAAUCCUUUUCAGUGCAACAUAUGUGGGUGCAAGUGUAAAAACAAGUAUGACUUUGCUUGCCAUUUUGCGAGAGGUCAACAUAGCCAACAUUGAGAACGUGCUUUCUUUUAGUUUUUUAACAUAUUGCAAUAUAUUUUUCAUACUUCCUGAAGGAAAGCUUGCACAUUCCCAUAAGGAAAGUUUGCGUUGAACCAUUGGACAAAGAAGGCAAAUUUAUUUCUGUGUUGUCAUGAAACUUGCCAGGGAAAUUUUGUAUAAGGUGUGGUGGUUGUUUUAUAUGUAGCCUUUAAAAGGAGGGGAAAAAAGAAAAGAAAAAAAAAAGAGAAA